GCCUCGCACUCUCUCUCGCUAUAGAGUUCGGAGAGCUCCUGAAGGCACGAGAGUUCGAGACCUCUCUGAUCUUAUCUUCUCUUUGGCUCCUCGCUGCAUUGCGAUUCGAUCCGCGAGCCCGUGAGCUAGGAGCUUGUUCAUCACAUCCUGAAAACCAUGGAGUUCGAAGACCGCUGCCACAAGGUCCAGGAGCCCAAAUUCGACUGUCUGCUCUUUGACCUCGAUGACACUCUGUACCCACUGAGCUCGGGGAUCGCGUCUCAUGUCAAGAAGAAUAUUGGAGAUUACAUGGUUGAGAAGCUGGGUAUUGAGGAGAGCAAGAUUGAGACCCUCGGCAAUCUGCUUUACAAGAACUACGGCACGACGAUGGCCGGCCUUAGGGCAAUCGGCUACAGCUUCGAUUACGAUGAAUACCACAGCUUUGUCCAUGGAAGACUGCCCUACGAGAACAUCAAGCCUGACCCUGUUCUGAAGCACAUUCUCAAGAACCUGCGCAUCCGCAAACUCAUAUUCACCAACGGCGACAAGGACCAUGCCGUGAGAGCCCUCAAGAGGCUGGGCCUGGAGGACUGCUUCGAGGGGAUCAUCUGCUUCGAGACCCUGAACCAGCCGUGCCCGUCGGCGCCGUGCGACGGAGAGGCCAACGCCUUCGACAUCGCCGGCCACUUCUCCCGGUCCGGCGCCGCCGACGAGCUGCCCAGGACCCCCGUGCUCUGCAAGCCCAACGUCGACGCCAUGGAGGAGGCCCUCAGGAUCGCCAACGUGAACCCUCACAAGGCGAUCUUCUUCGACGACAGCGUGCGCAACAUCCAGGCAGGGAAGAGGAUCGGCCUCCACACGGUGCUGGUGGGCACGCCGCAGCGGGUGAAGGGCGCGGACCACGCGCUGGAGAGCAUCCACAACAUCAGGGAGGCGCUGCCGGAGCUGUGGGAGGAGGCCGAGAAGGCGGAGGACGUGCUCAUCUACUCCGACCGCGUCGCCAUCGAGACCUCGGUCACCGCGUAGACGCCGCCCCCCCGUCUCUCCCAACUCCGGCGCAUCGCUCAGCCUCUACUCAAAACAGAACGAGCAUCCAUCGUUCAUCCCUGGCCGGACAGGUGAUCUUCAGGUGGGAAUUCAGAAUUGGCCAGGCCAACACGUUCCAAGAAAAAAAGGAGGUGUUCCAUGGAAGUUCAGAGAUGAAAUCAGAAUGUAACAGCAACGUUGGGACGGGUCCUAGAAUAUAUAUAUGUAUCGGCCAGAUCUUUGCAUGUAAAUUACUAGUAGAAGCAAUAAAUAAUUAAUAAAGAGAAUGGGGGUUAUGAUUA